UUGUCCGCCGAAGCAGCCCUAGAAAAGGCAAAGAAGGUAAGUGCCAGACAGGCAUCUCAUAGCAAGUCUUCUUCAGCAUUCGAUGCAGCGGUUUCGACAAUGAAGAGACAGCUCGAACCAUCGUUCACUGCAGCUACUCUUGUCUCGCCGACAUCACCGUACAAGAAUCAUCUAAGCAAGGAUAAAUCUAUGUCGGAAAUGUCUACUUCAACAGCUGGGACGGGGCAAACCACGUGGGGCCGCAUGGCGCAGCUAGUCUCGCCAAAGCGGAGGACCAAGUCGACGAUUCAAUCGUCGAAUGACUGUGUGGCAAGUUUGUCCUCGGCCUGGCUGCCUGAGUAUACGCAUACUUUUCACAUCGACUUUUAAACCCCUUUUCUCUCAUGUACUCUAAUUUAAUGCAAUCACGCUUUUGCUAAUAAGGACCCAGGACCUCCAAGACCAACUCACCACCUCUAGCAGCCUCCGCGAGCAGCUCGAAGUGGCGCGGAAGGAGACCUCUGAGAAGGGCUCGGUAUGUCGCGUCCCCUCUAUCUCGCGUUCAGCAGCCUGGCAACCAUGGAUAUGGUAGUUUUGUGUUUUUUAUUACAACAAAUGCCAACAAACACAGGUCGAACUACAACAAGAAGUCGAAAACCUGCGACGCGAAAACGCCCUCGUAAAGAGCAUGUGGUAUGACAUGAAUCAACGCCU